AAAGUACCGCGCACAAGAACGUAUAACCAGUCCAUACUAUUUGCUGAUUUCUGAAUACUGGCUAAUUUUUAGUGCGCGACUUGUGAUGUCACUUCAGAAUUCACCUAGAAAAACGAGAGAACUUCCGGAAUGACUUAAUAUCUCUAUCACCCGAAUCCGCAUCUUUAAUAUUCCGUCGACGUCGUCCCAGAUAUAUGUCGAUCUAUUUAUUUUCCAUGAAUCGAUUGGACUCGAAUGGUCUUCACCAACGUCCCAUUAAUUAGUUCCCCGAGUUAGGACCCAUCGAUUCGACUUUCGGGGUUCCUCUUAAUCGCCUGUAGCAGAAGUGCGAAAAAUGAGGGAAAAGAGGGCAGGGAAGGAGGAAGUUUGCGAAGCUCGGGACGCUUGCGCCCCUUGGGACGCCGGGCGCCUUCUGCCACCUGUGCACCGCCCUCGUCCUCGUGUCGGCGUGCGAUCCGAGCUCUAGCCUAUAUAUAAGGGGACGCCCGGCGUAGCGCCACUUCGCAUCGCGUCGACGCCACCGCGAAGCGCCCUUCUCAAGCCGAGGUGACUUACGCCGCUCCUUCGAGUUCGCGGGCAAACGCUCUCCUGAGAAAUCUUCGCCGAUACAUCAAUCAAAAUGAUGACAAAACGAUGCAUGGGAGCUAUUGUUUUCGUGACAUGUCUGAGUAUUGCUUUGGCGGCUGAAAGUUACAAGGAUUAUGAAGCAGAGGACGUGGCAGAAAGGCAGUCAGAAAAUCUGAACAACCUGUUCAGAUUGUACCUACAGCGAAACUUAGUGGACAACGUGGGAGGAAUCCCGAUACAACAUCUAAUGAUACGGAAAUCUCAGAGAUCGCCUUCGUAUCGCCUUCGAUUCGGACGAUCCAAUGGCCUUAUGCCGGCGUCAUCGGGAAUGGAGACCUCGGAGUAUGAAAAUAAUUAGACGGGUGUCCUCGUAGAUGUCGCGGUGGAAGAAAUUUUGAUCUUACGAAAACUGAUUUGUGCAGAUCUACACACUGAAGUCAAUUUGGUGUACCAGC